AUGGGCAAGAAGAAGCGCGGACACCCGGACAUUGAAGAGCUCCUGGCCCGGCCGUGGUGCUACUACUGCGAGAGAGACUUUGAGGAUCUGAAGCUCCUGAUCUCCCAUCAGAAAGCGAAGCACUUCAAAUGUGAACGAUGUGGCAAACGAUUGAACACCGCCGGUGCCCGCACAAUUGCUAAUGUCAUAUUCAUAGGUCUCUCUGUUCACAUGAACCAAGUCCACAAGGAAAAUCUGACCAGCGUCGAGAAUGCUCUGGCUAACCGGCAAGGACUCGACAUCGAGAUCUUCGGCAUGGAGGGCGUCCCUGAGGACAUCAUCCAGCAACAUAACCAGCGCAUCAUCCAGAACUUCUACACAGCCCAGGCGGAGCGACAGGCUGCUACUGGAAAUCCACCAAGGGGGCUGUCCGGUGGACAAGGUCCGACCAAGAAGAUCAAGAUCGAGACUCCCGAGGAGAUCAAGAAGCGGUUGGCAGAGCAUCGCGCAAAGGUUGCCGCUCAAAAGGAAGCGAUCGCAAAUGGAACCCCCCUUCCAGUUGUUGCCCCAGCCAAUGGCCCAAGUCCAUCUCAGGUUGCUUCUCCUUUCCCUCCACCGCAGCCAGGUUUCCCAUAUCCUGCAGGAGCCCCAGCAUACCCUCCUGUUGCUUACCCCCCCGGGGCAGCCCCUGGCGCUUUUGGCAGCCUCCCGGCGAGACCUCCAAGUGGUGGCCCGAUCCCUUCGGCACUCCCGCAGAGACCUUCUUACCCGUACCCCGGUGGUGUGGCCCCUCCUGGCUUCCCAGGUGCUUCACCAGUCGACGAAUCUGCGGCCAAUGCCGGUAGAGCACCCGGUGGCGAUGAUAUCGAUCAGCUGAUAAGGAUGGCUGAGGCGGGCAUCAAACCGGCCAAGAACGGAGACGAGCAGCCAGCCCCGACAGAGAAGAAGAAGAAGGGGAUGCGGAUGGUGUACGAUGACACCGAGGUCAGUCCCGAGGAGAAGAUGGCCUUGCUGCCAAGAUAUCGGUGGGUUGAGGAGGCGGCGGCGUGA